CAGAAGAUGAGAUUGCAGGUUCCAUGCAGAAGAUGAUAUCAUUGGGGUACAUACGUGUGUGUCCUGGUAUUCCCCUUGAUUUUGUUCAUUGGGAAUUGUAUGGCAAUUGCCAGUAUUCAUGUCAAAACUGAGGUAUACUUAAGGCUUUGCUGAGCUUCACCACAAUUCCUAGUGAGCCCAGAUGCAGCUGCACCAUGAGACCCUGUAAGCCCAGUGGCUGAGCUGCACCAUGGGACCCAGUGAGGCUGGACGUGGAGCUCCACAUUAUAAAUUUGGCAGGCUUUUUUGCCUUGAGCCUUCAUUAUUUUCACACGCCGUUGUGCAGUUAUUGUCUAGGAGUGAUGCUGAAUUUGUAGCAAAGCAGUAAUUCAUAAUUCUAUAAUUGUAAAUGUAAUAUAUUUCAUGACACAAAGGUCUAUCUACAGGGAACAUCGAUAUGAAGACAACCUAGCAGCUAUGCUGGAGUGUGUCCACAUGUCUCACAGCAAAGGCUGGAGUAAAAAUCCCAUGAUGCAGCUGAAGAUCACAGCACUGGUCAGCCCUGAGCUGUAUGUGAGUGUUUCAUCUAUAAAGAUCAUUUUAUAUGAGUUGAGAUUAACAAAGAUUAAGGUUCUUUGUUCUCUGAGUGUGAAAACGCACUUAUUAUUGGGCCUUCAGAGACUCAAUAAAAUAGAAGAGGUGAGUGUUAGUAAAGUCUGUGUUCUGGUGGAUGCUGAGUACACUUACAUGAAUCCUGCCCUGUCACUCAUCACCAUGGCAAUGAUGAAGAAGUUCAGUCUGCCUAGUGUCUGGAUCUGGAACACAUAUCAGUGCUACCUUAAGGAUUCAAGGAAUCUAUUUCUUGAUGCCAUUCAGACGUCCGAUGUUAAACUCGUCAGAGACGCUUACAUGGACAAAGAGAGAAAACUGGCUGAAAAAGGGCGAACAGAUCCAAUCCAUGGGAACGUACUAAUGACAGGUCCUCCAAUGCAGUCAUAA